CCCACGUUGCCCAUGCUGCAGGUUUUGUGAUAUUUACCCCAAGUUUUCUCAGUGUUUCAGGCAAUUUCUAGGGUAGCCGACUUGACACUGACACAAUGGUGAAACCGAAAGGAAAAUCGUUUAAAGGAGAUGGUGUCAAUCGACACCAACACAGCAUGAACCCAGAUCGGGUCAAGGGUGCUGGAGGGCAGAACAUGAGAGACAAAGCGACCAUCAAGAGACUUCGCAUGUACAAGAAUUUCAAAGCAAAAAGAGAUGCCAGUGGAAAGAUUGUCCGACCAGCUCCGUUUCAGUCCCGUCUUGACUCUGGAGCUGUGGCACGUGUUGAACCCAAUAGGAAGUGGUUUGGUAAUACACGAGUUAUCCGCCAGUCGGAUCUGCAGACAUUCCAGGACGAAAUGGGCAAGGUUCUCAAGGAUCCUUACAAGGUUGUCAUGCGGCAGACAAAGCUACCCAUCACACUUCUUAAUGAAAAGGCCAAGCAUGCCCGAGUUCACAUCCUGGAAACUGAAACAUUUGAGAACACAUUUGGUCCUAAAUCACAUCGCAAGAAACCGAAUAUCGUGGCAUCGGAUAUGGAGGCCCUUCUAAACCAGGCUCAGGAAUCGACCGACAAGUAUGUCGCAGAGAAAGAUGGCGACUUGGAACGGGAAUAUACUGGUGUGAAAGAUGCGGCAAAAGAGAUGGUGUUCAAGGCUGGUCAGUCCAAGAGGAUCUGGAACGAGUUGUACAAGGUGAUUGACUCGGCAGAUGUUGUUAUACAAGUCCUGGAUGCGCGAGAUCCCAUGGGUACAAGGAGUAAAUAUAUAGAGAACUAUCUGAGAAAGGAAAAGCCUCAUAAACAUCUCAUCUUCAUCUUGAACAAGUGUGAUUUGGUUCCUACAUGGGUCACACAAAAGUGGGUAGCCCUGCUGUCUGCUGAAUACCCAACGCUAGCCUUUCAUGCUAGUAUAUCCAAUCCCUUUGGUAAAGGAGCCCUGAUUCAGUUACUGAGACAAUUUGGAAAGCUGCACCUCGACAAGAAACAAAUAAGCGUUGGUUUCAUCGGGUAUCCAAACACUGGCAAGAGUUCUAUCAUCAACACACUCCGGGCGAAGAAAGUGUGCAAUGUGGCGCCCAUUGCAGGAGAGACCAAGGUUUGGCAGUAUGUGACGCUGAUGAAACGUCUCUUUUUGAUAGACUGUCCAGGUGUGGUCUACCCAACGGGAGAAACUGAGACCGAGACUAUACUCAAGGGGGUGGUUCGAGUGGAAAAUGUGGCCCAACCUGACGACUAUAUCCAAGCAAUUCUAGAUCGAGUCAAAAAGCCAUACUUGGUAAAGACUUACCAGAUAGAAACAUGGAAGGACCAUGAAGACUUCCUGGAGCAGUUUGCAAGAAAAUCUGGAAAACUUCUCAGGGGAGGAGAAGCAGACUACAAGACGUCUGCCAAGAUGAUCCUCAAUGACUGGCAGAGGGGAAAGAUCCCAUAUUUUGUGCGACCUCCUGGAUCUGAGGAGGAAGAUAAGACAACACAAAUGAAAUCUGGUGAAUCUGUAGAAACUGGCACAGUGCAGGCAACAACGGAACAGGCUAAUGUAUCCAUACCACGCGUCAAGCAAGAUCUGAGCAAGCUGCAUGUAGAUCCUGAAUUCGAAGGAGAAGAUGUAAAAGAUCUUGAACCUUGUGAGGUCAGCAAGGCAGACGACAUUUUGGAAAGUGAUGAUGAGGACGAGGAAGCAGACGAUAGUGAUGGUGACGACCAAGAUGAGGAUUGGGAAGAUGUUCAACAAGAAGAAGGAAAUUCUGCAGAGAUUAAACCUGGACCUUCGAAAGUUGCGAGCAAAAAACGUGACAUUUCCAAGAAAGUAUCUAAACAGACGGACUCAAAAUUAGCAGGGAAAAAGCGAAAAGUCAGUGCCAAAAUUGAUGCAGAUGCUGAAAGAGUGAUGAAGUUGAAGGCAAAAAAGACACUUUCAAGUGUUGGUAGUAAUAGUGACACAGUGGUCAAAACUGCAAGUCUGGGCUCGAUAUCUAAAACUAAGAAAUAUCAAGUUGCUAAGAAGUCGAGUGCCAGUGGAACAUUCAGUGUGAUACCUGAGGGGGCAGAUGUUGUUUUGAAGACUGGGAAGAGGAAAGCUAAAGGUUUUGUUGAGUAUUCCGUCGAAGAGAAUGACAACAUAGCCUGUGUUGAGGUGACGCCAGAUAAGGCAGCCAAGGGGAAGAAACGUACACAAUCAGAGGCAGACGUUAAACCGCCGAAACAAAACAAAUCAAAGAAAGCAAGGAAACGUCUGCAUGAGGAGGAAGAGGAGGUGCAGCCUAAAGUGACUGGAAAAGAGAAACGAAAAAUGCAUCGUGAAAGUCGUGAUAAGCUGAUUGGACAUCAUUUCUAUAAAUAUGCGAACGUUAAGAAUCGGAACUUGGGCACGAAAUAUCAAACGAGUCCUUAGGCCUGGAGCAACGAACAUUUGGCUGGGGCGCUGGGGUUGUCAAAUACAUUUCAACAAUUGGCACGAGAUUUGCAGUCCCACAAUGAAAUAUUGAUUGAAAACCUGUUUCAUCUGCUAGUCAAAUUGAGAUGGGAAAAUUGUUGACUUUAUUUCUGAAUAAAGGUAAUGAUUGUUAUAAAAA